UUGAAAAUAUUUCUUAGAGAUUCGCACGGGUGUCUGCCUAACCAGUUUACUCGCAUGUCGUCUACGUGUCAUUAAAAUGGAGACUGCUUAACUAGCAAGAUGUGGAAUUUGGAUGUGAUAAUAGUUCAAAGAGGAUCCAGUUGACCAUCAGUCACGUAGGCACUUCUGCGAGCAGCGGUCAACCAGCCAGCGCAAUCAUGGCGACAACCAGUAAAGGACUCGCAACUUCCCCACGGAUUUCAGCCUCGUUAUUCUCCAAAAUGUUCUUUAUUUGGUUGUAUCCACUUUUUAACGUGGGGGCAAAAAAGGAUUUGGAAUAUGAAGAUUUGUACAAUACACUUCCGGAGGACGAAGCCACUUUGCUGGGAGAACGGUUGAUGCUGGAAUGGGAAAAGGAAAUGGGUGCAGCAGCAUCCAUUUCUGAAUCAAAAGAAAGUGAGCCUAAAAAUUCGAAGGGCAAGUUUGUUCCAAGCAAACCAAGUUUGUUCAAGGCGUUGGUCCGAAUGUUUGCAAAAGAGUGGGUGAUUGUCGGAAUCUUCUUGUUUUUAGAAGAAUGCCUCGCAAAAAUUGCACAACCAAUUUUCUUGGGAUACCUGCUGCGAUACUUUAAUGGAGAGUUUGACGAGAAACAAGGAUAUUUCUUUGCUACUGGUGUUCUCCUGUCUGUGAUGUACUAUACAAUUUCUCAUCAUCCUUCAUUCUUUUCUAUUGUCCACCUCAACAUGAAAAUUAGGGUUGCCUGCUCUGGAUUAAUAUAUUAUAAGACACUAAAGCUCAGUCAGGCAGCGUUAUCAAAGACGACGGUUGGGCAGGUGGUCAACCUCUUGUCCAGUGAUGUUGCUCGAUUCGACUUCUGUCUGAAUUUUGUGCACUAUCUCUGGAUUGGACCGGUGCAGUUACUUCUUUCAGUAUGGAUUUUGUGGGGUUACUUCGGACCAACUUGCUUCUCUGGGGUCAUCUUCCUCUUGUUAUUUACACCGUUUCAAAGUGUGAUGGGACAUCUUUUUAGUAAACUUCGGUUGAAAGUAGCUGGAAAAACGGAUAGGAGAGUCCGAAUCAUGAAUGAAAUCAUUAAUGGCAUUCGUGUCAUUAAAAUGUACGCUUGGGAAAUUCCUUUCUCCAAAAUAGUUGCUGAAUCCAGAGAGGACGAAAUAAAAUCGAUCGGAAGACAAAUGUCGCUGCGAGCUCUAAACUUGGGACUCUACUACGUCUCGUCGAAACUGAUAAUAUUUCUUACGCUGGUGGCCUAUGUUCUGACGGGAAACUACUUGACGGCGGAGAAAGUGUUCGUAGCAAUGGCCUUAUAUCAGAAUGUACGCCUGCUAAUGACAAUCUUCUUUCCUUGGGGAAUCAGUUUUUUGGCAGAAACCAAAGUUUCCCUCAAACGAAUUGAGAAUUUCUUGUUACUUCAAGACUAUGUGCCACCUAAUAGAAGUGGGUGCAAGACAUCCGCCGGAGAAAGUGACGGUGACAAUGAAAUUUGUCUGGAAAUGACGAACGUGAGUGCCAAGUGGAGCGAAAACUCGGAUCUUACGCUCAACAAGAUUGAUUUGACGGCACCCAAGGGAAAGUUAGUUGCUGUAGUAGGGCCAGUGGGUUCGGGGAAGAGUUCCCUGCUGCAAGCCAUUUUGGGUGAACUACCAAUCUUUUCUGGUGCAAUAACGGUGAAAGGACGCAUCGGAUAUGCAUCUCAAGAAGCUUGGGUUUUCAGUGGGACUGUCCGUGAGAAUAUUUUAUUUGGGCAGAAAUAUAACGCAACUUGGUACCAGACUGUUGUUGAUGCUUGUGCACUUCGAAGCGAUUUUGCACUGAUGACAUUUGGUGAUAAGACUGCGGUGGGAGACAAAGGCAUGACUUUAAGUGGAGGUCAAAGGGCGCGGAUAAGCUUGGCAAGAGCAAUCUAUGCAAAUGCUGACGUCUAUGUCCUAGACGAUAUUCUUAGUGCAGUGGACACAGAAGUUGGAAGACACCUGUUCCAAAGCUGUAUUGGGAAUCUGCUUCGUAAUAAAAUUUGUGUCCUCGUCACCCACCAACUGCAACACUUGACUAAAGCAGAUGAAAUUUUACUACUGAACAAUGGGAGCAUCGUCGCAAGAGGUGAUUUUUGGAGUUUAAAGAAACGCGAUGUUAAUUUUUCUCAAAUACUUGAAGAGAAAAAUUCUGUUGGAUCCGCUGAGAAUAUUCUAAAAAGCGAGGAAAGGACAUCAAGCGUUGGUCCCAGCCUAAGCGGGUCACUUGUGUCCGUCAAUAAUGGCUGUAGAAAUCGUAAAGAAAGUCUUAUCAGUGUUGACGACCAAACUCUAGUUGAGAAAGAAGGAGACGAAACAAGGAUGUCUGGGUCCAUCGGAUUUAGUACGUACUGGAAAUACUUGAGGAUCGGUUCCAAUUUAUGCCUCCUUUCCUUUAUUCUAUUUUCAAAUCUACUAACCCAAGCUCUAUACUCUGGAUCUGAUUUUUGGCUCCAAUUUUGGAUAAAAGCUGAGCAGGAAAUUGAGAAGGAAAAUCAAUUCUUUGAACUUUUGGAAGUAUUUAAUUCAUCAACGACUGAUUUUACGUCCUCGCUCAACAAUUCGAUAAAUAUUACGAAUCCUGAGGCUGGGUUGGACUUGACAAGAUCGGAACAAAUCUCAAUUUACACAUUUUUAAUUAUUGCUCUUUUUCUGAUGACGCUGGUUCGGACGAUCGGAUUUUUUAAGAUUUGCAUGAGAUCUUCAAUAGCCUUACAUUUGCAAUUAUUUUACGGUGUUUUAAGAGCCCCCAUGCUAUUUUUUGAGUUGAACCCUGUAGGCAGAAUUUUGAAUCGCUUUGUGAAGGACAUUGGGACAAUAGAUGAGUUGCUUCCAUUUACCUUUUUUGAUACUCUUGAGGUAGGACUGCAAGUACUUGGGGUGAUCGUAGUCGUCAGCAUCAUUGACGCAGUAUUUCUUAUUCCCUCAACAAUAAUUGCAAUCCUUUUCUACUUUAUUCGCAACCAUUUUCAAAUAACAGCAAGAAAUCUAAAACGGCUAGAAGGAAGUGCACGGAGUCCCGUAUUCAGUCACUUGAGCACCUCGUUAAAUGGACUCACAACAAUUCGAGCAUUCCAAACUCAAGAUCAAUUUCGAAAGGAUUUCAAUGCACAUUUGGAUCUUCACACUGCAGUAUUUUAUUUAUUUAAUGCAUCUGCUCGCUGGCUAGGAAUUGUUGUCGAUUGGAUAUCAAUCCUCUACAUUACGUGUGUCACAUAUGGAGUCAUAGUGUUGGGACUUGACGGACCUUCUGCGGGUUUGGCGAUUUCUAGUGCCAUGACCUUAACAAGUUGGUUUCAAUGGGGUGUCAGGCAGUCUGCUGAAUGCGAAAAUCAAUUGGUGGCAGUUGAACGUGUGGUUGAAUACGCCGACAUUAUAUCCGAAGCACCGUUAGAAUCAUUCCCAGAACGAAAACCUCAAAAGAAUUGGCCACUGAAAGGUGAGAUUGAAUUUCAGAACGUGUAUGUCAAGUAUGGAUCUGAAGAAGAACCCUUUCUAAAGAAUAUCUGUUGUACGAUUCGACCUUGCGAAAAGGUCGGAAUAAUAGGGAGGACCGGAAGUGGAAAGACCUCGUUGAUCUCUGCCCUAUUUCGACUCACGGAACCCUCCUCUGGCAACAUAAUCAUUGAUGGUGUAAAUGUUUUACAAAUCGGACUCCACGAUCUACGUUCGCAAAUUGCCAUCAUUCCACAAGAUCCAAUGCUGUUUGUGGGCACCCUCAGAAAGAAUCUCGACCCUUUUGAUGAGUACGCAGACUCUGAAAUUUGGGACGUUCUUCGUGAUGUCAAUUUGUUUGAAGUUGCAAAGGAUUUCCACUCUGGUCUCGACGCAGCCGUUAACGAAGGUGGAUCGAACUUUAGCGUUGGGCAAAGGCAAUUAAUAUGCAUGGGCCGGGCGAUUUUAAGAAAAAACAAAAUUUUAAUACUAGACGAAGCCACUGCGUCUGUUGACAAUGAAACGGAUGUAUUGAUUCAAAACACUAUUCGAGAAAAGUUUGAAAAGCAUUGCACAAUAAUUGCUGUUGCACAUAGAUUGCACACAGUAAUCGACUCUGACAGAAUCAUGGUACUGGAAGCAGGGGAAAUUAAGGAAUUUGAUGAACCUUACAAGUUGUUGCAAAACACAUCGGGUGCAUUUUUCCACUUUGUUCAAGAAACGGGAAGAGAUAUGGCGCAAGAGUUGAUGAGGAUCGCUCAGGAAAGGUCGAGCUUACAUGCUCGAUGAAGACGUGAUCAAUCACGUCUGGAUUCCACUAGGAAAUAUAUUCCAAUGCAGAGGCCAAUCAUUAGAAGAACUGAUAUAGUGACGUGCAGAGCUAUCAUGACUUUACUACUGCAAGGACACUUGAACCCAUCAUUUUCUUGAUCUCUAUCGUCAUCGUGUUGUUGUGCACCAUUUUCGGAUUGUUUGACAACAACGGUGCCUAGAAAAUCUGAAGACAUUUGUAAAUUUUCCACCGUCUGCAUUAUUAUUUCUCGUCUAAUAGGAACAAAUAUAACAUAGCAUUAUCAUUAAAUAGAAAUGAGUGGUUGGAAAUGCAGAAUGAUUUUUAGAUACCAGUAUUUCGUUGGUUAACAGCCCCAAUUUAUUGCAUAGACUUCUAUGUUUUGUUUGAGUAUCGUCCAUUGAUUGUAUUUCUCCAUGAAAGUUUUAUUUUUUCAUGAAAUACAGUGUACAUGGAAAAUUAGAAAAAAUCUCCAUUACUCACUAAUUCUCUAGCAGUGCACGAAUGACGAAGGCUUCCCAACACGGACGAUGAGACGAC